UUUCCCACUUGCGCCUACUCUGGUCUGGAUUGGCAAGCAUGGACGGUGCGUGCGCAUCUAGAUCUGAUCUCCCCAGCCCCAUGGCUCGUUCCACAUAAACUCUCCUCCACCUCCCAGGCUCCGACCACCUCGCCACCGCCAUUCUGCCUGCCUACGCCGCUGAGAUGACAACCGACAGCCCGCCCGGCCCCAAGCGCAAGCGCGAUUCCGAGCCCACCUCCCUCGUGUCCCUCGGCGACGACAUGCUCGCCGAGAUCCUCAGCCGCCUCCCGUCGCUGCCCUCGCUCGCCAGCGCCGCCCUCUCCUGCCCGCGCCUGUGCGGCGUCGCCUCCUCCCCUGCCGUCUUGAACCCCUUCCUUUCCCGGGCUCCGUUACUCGGCUACUUCGUGUCGGUCACCGACGGCGCCGUCCCCACCUUCCACCGCGCGCUCCUCCGCCGCGACCGCCACCUCGCCGCCGUCGUCCGCCGCGGCGACUUCCAUCUCACGGAUCUCGAAUACGAUGGGCGCCUCAUGGACUGCCGCCACGGCCUCCUACUCCUCAGCAGCCACAGUCAGCUGGUGGUGUUCGACCCCGUCUCCCGCUCACGACUGCGUAUACCUAUACCCGACAACCACAUCUCCCGCGACUCGCUCCAUUGCUUCCUGCCGGCGUGCGGCGGCGGUCAAACCCCCUUCAGUGUGCUCUCCCUGGAGAAGAAGGGCGGCAGGGUGCGCGCACGCGUCUACAGCUCCCGCACGGGCGAGUGGUGCUCCCACUCGUGGGCGCCCAAAGGUAUUAAUGGACCGAGGGAAUCCAAGCUCGGCUGGCCCAUGCACGCCGGUGGGCGCAUCUAUUGGAGGAGCAUUACAGGAGAUCAGCUCACCGCGCUCGAUGUCGGCGCCAUGGAGUUCUCCCACGUCGAGCUCCCACAUAACCUGCACUAUGAGCCAUGGUCGUACGCCGUAGGAGAAACGGAGGACGGCACAACCUGCCUCGUGGCCAUGAGUCGCAAGCUCGUCCUGCAGGUAUGGUUCCGCAUGGAGGAGGACAAGUCCUGGGAGCUACAGUUGGAGGUGGAUGCUUCCAAAUGGUAUCUGCUUCGAGGCGGAGUGCAGAAGGUCUGCGAUGUGACCGCCGGCGUCGUGCUGCUCUCCAUGGGCACGAAGAAUGGCGGGCUCCACUAUUACGGGUUUCGCCUGAAGAACGCCCUCCGACCAGGAGAAUGGGCACGGACGAUGGCGCUCUUCAUGGGCACGGAGAAUGGCGGCCUUAAUGUCCGGGAAUGCACCACCAGGCCCGAGUUGGAGGCAGACUUCUUCACAUUCGAUGCACGGGUGCACCCCUAUUUCAUGGCAUGGCCACACCCCACCCUCAAGGCUAGUAGCUCUAACACGAAGGAAACAAGUCUGAAGGAUCAAGAAGCUGGUGGCUCGAAGAAGAAGAAAACAAGCAUGAAAGAUCAAGAAGCUGGCAGCUCCAAAUAGAAUUAACAAGUCUAAAGCGCUAUGGAUCUGAAUGCUUAUGCAUUGGAGUCUUCAGAUAGUACUACUUUUGGUUCUGGCCUCCUGAGUUUGCACUGCUAAGUUAGUUGAUCCAGUUAGCCAUCUCCUGGCAUGAAUAAGAACUUGUGGUCCUGUUAGUUAAGUUCCACCCACUUUAUGUUAAUCCAUAUCAUGGUUUCUAGUGGUAAAGUUAUGUGAGCAUUGUGAAGAAAACUUGUGCCCAAUUAUGUCUUAUGUUUCCCAAG